AUGGAAUAUUCAACUAAUGCAACAUAUUUAUUUUUGGAGGGGUAUGUGGAACUGCAGAAGUACAGAUAUUUUUAUUUUGUGAUUACUCUCGCAGUGUAUCUGUUGAUUAUUUGCUUUAAUACUGUUGUUAUUUUUGUCAUUUACACAAACAAAUGCCUCCAUGAGCCGAUGUACAUUUUCAUUGCUGCUUUACUUUUCAAUUCUCUCCUUGGAGCAUCGGCACUUUACCCUAAACUGCUGAGUGAUUUUCUCUCUGAAACACAGGUUACUUCUUACUCAGCCUGUCUGUUACAGGCUUUUAUUAUUUACACCUAUGGAACAUCAGAGUUUACACUGUUAUCAGCUAUGGCCUACGACAGAUAUGUGUCCAUAUGUAAACCAUUACAGUAUGCAACUCUUGUGAAAAUGUCCACUGUUAAAAAGCUCAUAUUUUUCUGUUGGUUUGUUACUUCCUGUGAAAAUGGGAUAACAAUGAUAUUGACAUACCGACUUCAGCUGUGUAAAUUCAGGUUAAACCGAAUAUAUUGUAAUAAUUAUUCAAUAGUUAGAUUAAGCUGUGGAGACAUGACUGUGAACAAUUCAUAUGGACUGUUUGUUUUAACUGUUGCUGUAUUUCCACCAGUGAUCUUCAUAAUCUACUCAUAUGUUAGAAUACUUGAUGUCUGUUUAAAGAAUUCAAAAGAUUUCAGAAGAAAAGCUCUGCAGACCUGCUUACCACACCUUUUUAUUUUCAUCAGUUACUCUGUUACUGCAUGUUUUGAAGUGAUUAAUAGCAGAUUUGAAGGGAACAUGCCUCACAUUAUUUCUGUGAUAGUGUCAGUUGAAAAUUUUGUUAUUCCUCCUCUGAUCAAUCCUAUUAUGUAUGGUCUAAAGCUGCAAGAGAUUUUUAAUAGAAUCAAGAAAAUAUUGUCUUUUAGGUGUUUUUCUUAA